AAAAUUAUCUAAAGUAUUGAUUCAACUUCUCGGUGAUAAUUCAAUGUCAUAAAUAAUUCUUUAAAUUCGAAGCAGACGACGUGCUCACUGUCAAUGGAUCCGCGUACGAGGAGUAGGCGUGCCAUAAAAAGUGUUCAUGUGCUGUCUCUCGAUUCAGUCGGUUUUAAGUCGUCAGCCAAGUGAUACGGUUCAGUUUAUCUCAAGUUUACAAUUUACGUGGCAUCACUACUAACAGGAACAUGUGUGGAAUCUUUGCAUACCUCAACUAUCUCACUCCGAAGACCAGGAAGGAAAUUCUUGAGCUACUUGUUGGUGGGCUCAAGAGACUGGAGUAUCGUGGUUAUGACUCAGCUGGUGUUGCCCUGGACUCUCCUGAUGGCAAGGAUAUCUCCAUCAUUAAGAAGCAGGGAAAGGUCAAAGCUCUAGAGGAUGAAAUCUUUCAUCGUACCAAUCUUGACUUUGAGGGCUCCACUAAUAGCCAUGUUGGCAUUGCUCAUACUCGUUGGGCCACUCAUGGUGUUCCAUCCGAGGUUAAUUCUCAUCCUCAGAGAUCAGACAAUGAACAAACUUUUGUCGUUGUUCACAAUGGAAUCGUCACGAAUUACAAGGAAGUCAAGACUCUUCUCCAGCAUAGAGGAUAUGUAUUUGAAAGUGAAACUGAUACGGAAAUUAUUGCCAAGCUGAUUCAUCAUCUCUGGGUUCAACAUCCGACUUACUCUUUCCGCGAGUUAGUUGAACAGGUCGUCCAGCAAUUGGAGGGAGCAUUUGCCUUGUGUUUCAAAAGCAAAUAUUUUCCCGGCGAAUGUGUUGCUACCAGAAGAGGAUCCCCAUUGCUGGUUGGUAUCAAGACCAAGACCAGAUUGGCUACCGAUCAUGUACCGAUUCUCUAUGGAAAAGAUGACCUCCCACGCUCACCCAAAGACAGUGAUGCAGCGUCUCAAGAUCACAGACCUCAUGGACGUACUACUGACUUGCCCGUGAUACCGCGAAGUGACAGUACUUCAGAAUUUCAACCCCUGGAGGAUAAGGAAGUCGAGUACUUCUUUGCGUCAGAUGCCAGUGCCGUCAUUGAGCACACGAAUCGCGUCAUCUUCCUCGAGGACGAUGACGUGGCGGCCGUUAAGGAAGGUGCCCUUAGCAUUCAUCGUCUUCGUCGUUGCAUGGAUGAUCCUCAUGCUCGUGAGAUCACCACCCUGAAGAUGGAGAUUCAGCAGAUCAUGAAAGGCAACUACGAGUACUUUAUGCAAAAGGAAAUCUUCGAACAGCCAGAGUCUGUUGUCAAUACCAUGAGAGGACGUUUGAAUUUCCAGGAUAAUUCUGUUACCCUUGGUGGAAUUAAAGAUUACAUUCCUGAGAUUAAGAGGUGUAGGCGUCUCAUGUUGAUUGGUUGCGGAACCAGUUAUCAUUCUGCCAUUGCUACCAGACAACUUUUGGAGGAGCUCACCGAGCUGCCUGUCAUGGUCGAACUGGCUUCUGACUUUCUGGAUAGAAAUACUCCAGUCUUCAGGGAUGAUGUUUGUUUCUUUAUUUCUCAGUCUGGUGAAACUGCUGAUACCCUGAUGGCUCUUCGUUACUGCAAAAGUCGUGGAGCACUUAUUGUUGGUAUCACAAACACUGUGGGAAGUAGUAUCUGCCGCGAGUCACAUUGUGGCGUUCACAUUAAUGCUGGACCUGAAAUUGGUGUUGCCAGUACAAAGGCUUAUACUUCACAAUUCAUCUCCUUGGUGAUGUUUGCUCUUGUGAUGAGCGAGGACAGAAUUUCCCUUGGUACAAGACGCCAGGAGAUCAUAGAAGGCUUGAAGAACCUGGACAAUCAGAUUCGCGAGGUAUUGAAGCUGGAUGACAAAGUCAAGGAACUGGCCAAGUCACUCUUCCAACAUAAGUCACUCCUGAUUAUGGGUAGAGGAUACAACUUUGCCACCUGUAUGGAAGGCGCCCUGAAAGUCAAAGAGUUGACUUACAUGCACAGCGAAGGUAUCAUGGCAGGUGAACUAAAGCAUGGACCUCUGGCUCUUGUCGAUGACUCCAUGCCAGUGAUCAUGAUUGUCAUGAGAGAUCCAGUAUAUGUUAAAUGUAUGAAUGCUCUUCAGCAAGUGACGGCUCGUGAGGGCAGACCAAUUGUCAUUUGCGAGGAGAGAGACCAGGACACAAUAUCCUUUGCCGACCGUGUUCUCGAGGUGCCCAAGACUGUCGACUGUCUUCAGGGUGUUCUCACUGUAAUUCCCAUGCAGCUACUGUCAUUCCACAUCGCAGUAUUACGUGGCUGCAAUGUUGACUGUCCUCGUAAUUUGGCCAAAUCGGUCACAGUCGAGUAG